AUGCCUCAAUUCACCGCAAUCACCUUCAUCUUUCUCACUCUUUGCACAGCAACAAUAGCAAAGCCUGCUAAAUUUAAGCUUGAUCAUUCAUCAUUAUCAUCAUCUUCUUCAUCUUCCUCUUCUUCAAGUACUAAGAAUUACACUUAUGUUUGUGACGCCUCGCGCUAUGCAAGCCUCGGCCUCAACAUGUCGGCUUUCUCGUUCUGCGACGCCUCGCUGACCUACGAGGAGCGAGCCAAGGAUCUGGCGAAGCGGAUGGUCCUCCAUGAGAAGGUCCGGCAGCUCGGCAACGGCGCCUACGGCGUCCCGAGGCUAGGGCUUCCCAAGUACGAGUGGUGGUCCGAGGCGCUCCACGGCGUCUCCAACGUGGGCCCCGGGACCUUCUUCGACGACGUCGUCCCCGGCGCGACGAGCUUCCCCACUGUCAUCCUCACGGCCGCCGCCUUCAACGAGUCUCUUUGGAAAAGCAUCGGCCAGGCUGUUUCGACGGAAGCGAGAGCGAUGUACAACCUCGGACGGGCCGGACUGACGUUCUGGAGCCCGACCAUCAACGUCGUACGAGACCCCCGGUGGGGGCGAGCGCUGGAGACCCCUGGGGAGGACCCUUUCGUGGUCGGGAGGUACGCCGUCGACUACGUCAGGGGCCUGCAAGACGUGGAGGGAGCCGACCACCACCGCACCGCCGACCCGAACCAGAGGCCCCUCAAGGUCUCCUCGUGCUGCAAGCACUACGCCGCGUACGACGUCGAAAACUGGUUGGGGGUCGAUCGCUACCAUUUCGACGCGAGGGUGCGCCAGCAAGACAUGGAGGAGACGUUCCUCCGGCCGUUCGAGAUGUGCGUGAAGGAGGGCGACGUUAGCAGCGUCAUGUGCUCGUUCAACCGGGUCGACGGAAUUCCGACGUGCGCCGAUCCGAACCUCUUGAAGGACACGAUCAGAGGGGAGUGGGAUCUUCACGGGUAUAUAGUCGCCGAUUGCGACUCUAUUCAAGUCAUGGUGGAUGACCACAAGUUCCUCAACGACACAAACGAGGACGCCGUGGCACGAACGCUUAAAGCAGGUUUGGACUUGGACUGUGGAGUUUACUACACGAAUUUCACGCCCGGCGCGGUGGCAGCAGGGAAGGUGAGGGAGAGAGAAAUCGAUACGUCGUUGAAGUAUCUCUACGUCGUGCUCAUGAGGCUGGGGUUCUUUGAUGGAAGUCCCGAGUUCAAAUCUCUUGGCAAGGACGAUAUUUGCACCAAGGCGAACCUCCAGCUAGCCGCUCGGGCAGCUAAGGAAGGGAUUGUUCUCUUGAAAAAUAACUGGACGCUCCCUCUCAGCCCUCACCAAGCCCGAAACAUAGCCGUCGUCGGCCCUCACGCCAACGCCACCGAGGCGAUGAUCGGGAACUAUGCCGGUGUCCCAUGCCGAUUCACCGCGCCCAUCGACGGCUUCUCCAGGUACGGGGUGGUGACGUACAAGGCGGGGUGCGCGGACAUCGCUUGCAAGAACGAGAGCUUCAUUUUCCCGGCCAUGAAAGCUGCCAAGCGCGCGGACGCGACGGUGAUCUUGGCGGGACUGGACCUGUCGGUGGAGGCCGAGGCUUUGGACCGGACCGACCUCGUCCUUCCCGGGUACCAGCCUCAGCUCAUCAAUCAAGUGGCGGAGGUCGCCAAAGGCCCCGUCGUCCUCGUGAUUCUAUCGGCCGGCGGCGUCGACAUCUCGUUUGCGAAGGAGAAUCCAAAUAUUGGCGGCAUCUUGUGGGCUGGAUAUCCCGGAGAGGAAGGGGGCCGAGCUAUCGCGGAUGUUGUCUUCGGCCACUAUAAUCCCGGUGGAAGGCUACCUCUAACAUGGCACAAGGCGGACUACGUGGAUAUGCUGCCCAUGACAUCGACCACUAGGCCGGUCCCCUCCCUGGGCUACCCCGGACGCACUUACAAGUUCUUCAAUGGCUCCGUCGCGUACCCCUUCGGCUAUGGCUUGAGCUACACACGGUUCAAUUACUCGUUGUCACCUGCAAAGCGAUUUGUCGACCUCAAGGUGGAGAACCUCGACUACUGCCGCGACCUCAGCUACAGCCACAACACCAAGAGGCCGCCAUGCCCCGCGAUGUCCAUCGACGACUUGAACUGCGGGCAUGACAUCGAUUUCGUAGUCGAAGUGACGAACACUGGGCACAGGGACGGGAGCGACGUGGUCUUGGUGUACUCGAAGCCUCCCCAUGGGAUUUUGGGCACGCACAUAAAGCAAUUGAUUGGGUUCAAGAGGGUCUUCAUUCGCGAACAAAGUAGCCAAAAGGUUCAUUUCAAGAUCAACGUUUGUAAGGGCUUGGAAAUAGUUGACUCCGCCGCGAAUCACAUCUUGCCAUCUGGCGGUCACUCCAUUGUGAUUGGAGAUGACGUGGUUUCUUUUCCAUUUCAAGUCAACUUUAGUUGA